AAGGCUGAGCGGCCUGCGAGAGCGCGUUGCCAUGGGAACUGCCCGCGUCCUGCAGAAACGGCGAUGGCCGCCUACGGGCAGGAAGGCGGGGAGCCCCGCUACGCUUUCCAUCACCUCCCGCAAAAAAGCUUCCCAGUACUGGAGAGCAGGGACACCCGAGACCGCCUCCUCAAGUGGUGGGGAGAAGCGGCCAUUCCUCCUGCGGUUUCUCAGGCAGGGGGAGGGGAGGAAAGGGGGAGGGAAAAGUGGGGUGAAAUGCAAAAUGGGGGUCAGUCUUCUGGGUAGAGGCUGCCCUCAGGACUGUGGGAGGGCAGGUUGCGUUUCAGCAUCAGGAUUUAAUCGAGAGGCUUCACUGCUGUAAUUGGAAAUCUGCUCCAGAACUUAAAUCACUUUUCAAAAAAUAAAAUAAAAUAAAAUGCCCCAUUAAAGGUUCUUUUAUCAUUAUUUUUUCCAGUGCAGAAUCUCCUCAUGCCUAUUAUUAUUACUUGAAGAAUACAAGCCUGACGGACUUCUUUUUCUACAUUCCGCAGGUCCAUGGAUGGCAGAAUCGCUGCACAGGCAUUCAGCUUUGAUCAGAACUUCAAAGGCUACCAGAGGGAUGAUUUCAUUAUGGUAGUUAACCUAAUCUGGCUAGUUAGUUUAAAAGUGGGUUUCCUACAGUUGGGAGGGACACCGAAGGGUCAUCUAGGCCAACUCCAGGAAUCGCAUCCAAGACAGAGAGUCAUCCAACCUCUUGUUUAAAAACCUCCAGUGAAUGAGCGAGUCCACCAGCUUUUGAGGUAGUCUGUAGAUUUAUAGGCCACUUUGGAAUUUUGAUUAAAAUGUUCAAAGUGGUGUGUAAUAAAUAUUACUAAGACGGAAGCAGCAUUAAAAUAUCAAAUGGCUCAAAGCACAACAGGGCAAAACAGCAGCAUGCAUUAUUUUAAAUACAACCCUGUUUCCAACCUUGGUUUUGUAUGAUAUACAGUUGCAUUUUUAAAAUUUUAGUUUUUAGGAUUGAAUGUGGUUGUGUUUUUCUUGUUUUUAUGUAUGCUACUUAGUGAUUUCUAUUAUAUUAAGUAAGACAACAUGUUUGUUUGUUUGUUUGUUUGUUUGUUUAUUAAAAACUUGUUUCUCAUUUCCCACAAUACUUUUUUGUUUUGUUCACAAGAGUGCUUCUACAGGUCAUUCCCAUAGUGUGUGUGUGUUUUAAGGGGAAGAAUUAUACCCCUGUGUGAACUUGUGAUUGUGUUUGCUCAGAAGCAGCUGGGCAGACCUGUCUCAUUUAUAAAUAGACAUGGGUAUAAAUCGUUCUCACGUUCCAGACUUUUAUCAGUGGAGUGACUUGCAGCAGUAGUUCCCUGAAUGAAAACCCUAAUUUGGUCAGCAGUCUUGAAUUUCAGACAUUUGGAGAGGAUUAGACAAAUUUACGAAGGAUGAAGCUGUCAAUGGUUACUAGUUAUUAUGACUAUGUAGCACCUGAUGGGUCAGAAGGCAGCAUGUCACUGAUGAACAACAACAGGAAGGGACUGUUGUCCUCAUGUCCUACUUGGGGGCUUCCUAUAGACAUAUGUUUGGCUAGUGGGAAAUAUAGGACUGGUGGACCUCUGGUGCAGGGUCCCUUUAUGGUCUUAAAUCAAGCCAAGGCCACCUUACUUGAUGCAUGUAUCAAAUCAGAUAAUAGAAUCUGUUUAACUGCCAAUUGUUAUUGACUCUACUUCCAGGCCUUUUUUAAUCAUCCAGAUGUUAACAGCAAUUUGAAAUUGAUUUCCCCUUCUGGACAAUGGACUACAUUAGGUAAAAAUAACAACUUUGGGACAACUUCUCUUUUAAAUCCGUUUUCAGUGUGAUAAUUCCUUUUCCUCUGCAAAAUGACUUGCUGAUUCUAAUGAUGGUGUGAUUGGUAGUGGUUAUUUAUAUAUUGCUUUUCAGGAUACAGAUCCUUCCAACACAGCUUAUACCAAAGUAGCAUGAAGCUACAUUCAUAAAAUGACAAUGAACAAUAUUAAAAGAUUGUUAAAUAUUAAGUAACAAUAUUCAAACUUUUAUUUAAAUCCCUACUGUUGCUUGUGGUCUGUUAAAACAUUUCUAGGUCAGUUUACCAUUGAAAGGUGAUGUAAAAUGUAUUAAAUUUAUAUGAUGAACAUUAUCGCCUGCAUUUGCAGACAUUAAUGCAUUGUCAGCUGUUUCUCUUUCAUCUUAGUCUCUUCAAAAGAGUUCCUGAUCUAUUUAUUUUUAAGAUAGCCUUUAAGUUGUUUUUUUUUGAGACUGAGUAAAAGUACCUCCUUCUGCACUGACAUCUUUAUUGCUUGCUUUUUGUGGUUUCCUCAGCUUUGAUACUACUGAAUAAAUAAUUUUAUAUGAGCUGUUCAUAAUUAUUUCAUAAUUGAAAAUUGGGCAAGAGAACACUUGCAUAUUUCCUGCUCAUUCCAGUCCAGUGAACAGAAGUUCUAAGAAGUUCUAAGCUGAUCAUGCCCAAUGUGUGCUUGUUACAUUUGCAUACUGCUCUUCCUCAGGGCAACAUUUUAGCCUGUGGUUAGACUGAGAGAUAAGUGACAUACAAAGGCCACCCUACUGGGAAUGGAACUACAGUACUUACAAAGAACAUGGGAAUGCUGUUGAAAAUGUUGUAUCCAUGUAACCCCCCUUCCAUCCCAAAGUGUCUAGUUCCACCUACCCUGUGUCCUCACAUCACAACAUUUCGCAUUUCCUCAUGCCUGCACCAUUUCAUUGGCUUCUUCACAUUAAAAUAUCUUCACAUGUGCUGGACUAGACAUUAGGGAAGAGGGAAGAAUUCUACACCAAGUUGGGGGUUUUGCCAACUUUUGUAUGCUUUGUGACCUGUUUGUAAUUGUGUUGGAAUUUAUCUUGCUUUCUCUUAACCAAACUCUAUCCCUAUUCCACCACACUGGGUCUAAAGGUAGUCAUAUUUUUCAUACGUAGUAAGUUGGGAAACAUUUCAACAGGUUUAAAAUGUUCCAAAUUAAAAUGUAACCUUGAUAGUAUUAAACCACUUUGUUCAGAUAUGAAAAUAUAAUCUUGCAGAUAUGUAAAUGCUAUUGUGAUUGUUCGUUUGAUUUCUGCCAUAUGUUUCAGAUACCAGUGUGAGAAAAACUGAUGUCAAGAAUAUUCUGUGCAAGCAAGUUUCCAUGUCAUUUUUUGACCGAUUAUACUGUAAAGGGGUUGUUCGAGAAAGUGGAAGUAUUGUAAAGUGUUUUGAUGAAUAUCACGAUGAUAUUCUCAUUGCUGAUGAGUUAAGAAAGGUUAGUACAAGUGUAGUUAACACCUGUCUUCUGUCUAUUAUUAUUUUAUAGUUUAAUUAUCAUUUAUUAAAUUUAUUAGUCACUUUUUCUUGCCAGGGCAACCACAUAGUUAUCACAGCUAAUAUUAAUAUUAUAUUGAUAGCCUCCAUACGGAUCUUGUGUUCAUUGUAGUUGUUUAGUCAUUUAGUUGUGUCUGACUCUUUGUGACCCCAUGGACCACAGCACACCAGGCACUCCUGUCUUCCACUGCCUCCUGCAAUUUGGUCAAACUCAUGUUCGUAGCUUCAAAAACACUGUCCAACCAUCUCGUCCUCUGUCGUCCCCUUCUCCUCGUGCCCUCAAUCUUUCCCAACAUCAGGGUCUUUUCCAGGGAGUCUUCUCUUCUCAUGAGGUAACCAAAGUAUUGGAGCCUCAGCUUCAGGAUCUGUCCUUCCCGUGAGCACUCAGGGCUGAUUUCCUUAAGAAUGGAUAGGUUUGAUCUUCUUGCAGUCCAUGGGACUCUCAAGAGUCUCCUCCAGCACCAUAAUUCAAAAGCAUCAAUUCUUCGGCGAUCAGCCUUCUUUAUGAUCCAGCUCUCACUUCCAUACAUCACUAUUGGGAAAACCAUAGCUUUAACUAUAGGUGAUGUCUCUGCUUCUUAAGAUGCUGUCUAGGUUUGUCAUGGCUUUUCUCCCAAGAAGCAGGCGUCUCUUAAUUUCGUGACUGCUGUCACCAUCUGCAGUGAUCAUGGAACCCAAGAAAAUAAAAUCUCUCACUGAAUCAUAGAGUUGGAAGAGACCACAAGGGCCAUCGAGUCCAACCCCCUGCCAAGCAGGAACACCAUCAGAGCACUCCUGACAUAUGGUUGUCAAGCCUCUGCUUAAAGACCUCCAAAGAAGGAGACUCCACCACACUCCUUGGCAGCAAAUUCCACUGUCGAACAGCUCUUACUGUCAGGAAGUUCUUCCUAAUGUUUAGGUGGAAUCUUCUUUCUUGUAGUUUGGAUCCAUUGCUCCGUGUCCGCUUUUCUGGAGCAGCAGAAAACAACCUUUUCCCCUCCUCUAUGUGACAUCCUUUUAUAUAUUUGAACAUGGCUAUCAUAUCACCCCUUAACCUCCUCUUCUCCAGGCUAAACAUGCCCAGCUCCCUUAGCCGUUCCUCAUAAGGCAUCGUUUCCAGGCCUUUGACCAUUUUGGUUGCCCUCCUCUGGACACGUUCCAGUUUGUCAGUGUCCUUCUUGAACUGUGGUGCCCAGAACUGGACACAGUACUCCAGGUGAGGUCUGACCAGAGCAGAAUACAGUGGCACUAUUACUUCCCUUGAUCUAGAUGCUAUACUCCUAUGGAUGCAGCCCAGAAUUGCAUUGGCUUUUUUAGCUGCCGCGUCACACUGUUGGCUCAUGUCCAGUUUGUGGUCAACCAAGACUCCUAGAUCCUUUUCACAUGUACUGCUCUCAAGCCAGGUGCCCCCCAUCUUGUAUUUGUGCCUCUCAUUUUUUUUUGCCCAAGUGCAAUACUUUACAUUUCUCUCUGUUAAAAUUCAUCUUGUUUGUUUUGGCCCAGUUCUCUAAUCUGUCAAGGUCGUUUUGAAGUGUGAUCCUGUCCUCUGGGGUGUUAGCCACCCCUCCCAAUUUGGUGUCAUCUGCAAAUUUGAUCAGAAUGCCCUUGAGUCCAUCAUCCAAGUCGUUGAUAAAGAUGUUGAAUAAGACCGGGCCCAAGACAGAACCCUGUGGCACCCCACUAGUCACUCUUCUCCAGGAUGAAGAGGAACCAUUGAUGAGCACCCUUUGGGUUCGGUCAGUCAGCCAGUUACAAAUCCACUGAGUGGUAGCAUAGUCAAGACCACAUUUUACCAGCUUCUUUACAAGAAUAUCAUGAGGCACCUUGUCAAAUGCCUUGCUGAAAUCAAGGUAGGCUACAUCCACUGCGUUCCCUUCAUCUACCAGGCUUGUAAUUCUGUCAAAAAAACGAGAUCAGGUUAGUCUGACAUGACUUAUUUUUCAGAAAUCCAUGCUGACUGUUGGUGAUCAAAGCAUUCCUUUCUAGGUGCUCACAGACUGUUUGCUUAAUGAUCUGCUCCAGAAUCUUCCCUGGUAUUGAUGUCAGACUGACUGGGCGGUAAUUAUUUGGGUCCUCUCUUUUCCCCUUUUGAAAAUAGGGACAACAUUUGCCCUCCUCCAGUCUGCCGGGACUUCGCCUGUUCUCCAGGAAUUCUCAAAGAUGACUGCCAGUGGUUCUGAGAUCACAUCUGCCAGUUCUUUUAAUACUCUUGGAUGCAGUUCAUCUGGCCCUUGAGACUUGAAUACAUCUAAACUAGCCAAGUAUUCUUGUACUAUCUCCUUAGUAAUUCUGGGCUGUGUUUCCUUUGCUGAAUCAUUUGCUCCAAAUUCUUCAGGUCGGGCAUUGUUUUCUUUAUCGGAGAAGACUGAGGCAAAGAAGGCAUUGAGGAGUUCAGCUCUUUCUGUGUCCCCUGUUUGCAUUUCACCAUCUUCUCCUCUGAGUGAUCCCACUGUUUCUUUGUUCUUCCUUUUGCUACGGACAUACCCAUAAAAGCCUUUUUUUGUUGCUUUUAACCUCUCUAGCAAGCCUGAGUUCAUUCUGUGCUUUAGCUUUUCUGACUUUGUGUCUACACGUGUUGGCUAUUUGUUUGAAUUCCUCUUUGGUGGUUUCCCCCCUUUUCCAUUUUUUGUACACAUCCUUUUUUUAAUCUUAACUCAGUUAAAAGUUCUUUAGAUAGCCACCCUGGCUUCUUUAGGCACCUUCCAUGUUUCUGUCUCAUUGGUAUUGCCUGACGUUGUGCUUUUAGUAUCUCCCUCUUAACAAACUCCCAGCCAUCAUGAACUCCCUUUCCUUUUAGUAUUACUGUCCAUGGGAUCUCACCCAGCACUUCCCUAAGUUUUAUGAAGUCAGCUUUCUUAAAGUCAAGAAAUUGAGUCCUAGUAUGCUUGGCUGCUCCUUUCCGCUGUACAGUAAACUUCAGAAGAGCAUGAUCACUCGCGCCUAAUGAUCCUUCCACUUCUACCCCACUAACCAGGUCAUCAACAUUGGUUAGGACCAGAUCUAAAAUGGCUGUUCCUCUUGUUGCUUCUCCCACUUUCUGGACAAUGAAGUUGUCUGCAAGGCCAGUGAGGAAUCUGUUUGACCUUAUGCUCUUGGCUGAGUUUGACAUCCAACAAAUAUCCGGGUAAUUGAAGUCCCCCAUUACUACUAUCUCCCUUCCUUUUGCAUGCUUGGCCAUCUGUUCCAGGAAGGCAUCAUCUAUGUCCUCCGUUUGGCUUGGGGAUCUAUAGUAAACUCCCACAAUGAGGUCCCUGCCUCCAUUUCUUCCCCUUCUAUUUGCCAGGAGGUGAUGGGACCAGUGGUCAUGAUCUUAGUUUUUUUGAUGUUGAGCUUCAGACCAUAUUUUGCGCUCUCCUCUUUCACCCUCAUUAAAUGAUUCUUUAAUUCCUCCUCACUUUCUGCCAUCAAGGUUGUGUUCAUAAACAGGACUAAAUCCCAAAGUGUUUUUUCUCAAUUUCCUUUCAAUUUUGCUAUCAUCUGAUGGUGUCAGCAUGUAGUUUCAUAGAACUGCAUUUUGCAGCCAGUUUUAUUACAAAUUGCGAAAUAUACAAGCCUUUUAUGCCUGGAGUGUACUCCUACUCCUCCCUUUGACCAAUUGUGGUGCAGAACAAGAAAUUCACUUGCUCAGUUCCUUUUUGUCUCCGCAGAGUCAAAACCUGCUUGAGGUUCAGGAAGUGUUUCUAUGUCCAAAAAAAGCUCAUUGUGAUAAAAUUAGGAUGUGCUACUGCAUCUUGACUGAUGGUGACCUCCCUUGGUUUUGUGGGCUGGUUUAUAGAGACAUUGCCCUUGAGAAAGACUGAUAACUUAAGAUGUGCUAGAGCAGUGAAUAGCCUGUGGCUCUCUAGAUGUUGCUGGACUUAAGCCAGUGGCAGAUUUUGGGCCCUGUGGAAUGCUAAAAUUCAGCACCCCCCACCUCUCAUGUUCCAUUCUAUAGCGUUGUUUUGGCACCCCCUGCAGCGCAGUGCCUAGUGCAACCACACCAGUCACGCCACCUGUCUGGACCCGAUGUCAGUGAUGUUAACUCUUUAUUCAGAGAAACAAAACAGCUGAGUCCUAGCGGUCACAGCAAUGCUUUCCAGUCUUGCCCUAAUGAAGCCACUGCAAGGAUUGCUUCCCACCACUCUCUAAGGCUCCUUCCCUCGUUCCGUCCCCAGCAAACUGAUGCUCCGUCGCCUUUUAUCUCAUUGCUCCACACUUUUCAUUUCUCUGCGUGUUCUGGGAGACGGGAGAGGGGAACUGGUCGCAGCAGGAGGGGGAGACUCCCUGGAUUCUUCAGCAGUCUGCCUCAUCUCUGUCUGCCUCCCUACCUCCCUCCUGCCUCAAUGAGUCUGGACUGCCCUCUGCCACAGCCUCUCCCUGCCCACUAAAGCCUGUUGCCUCUUCAGCUUCCAACACCUCCUCUUCCCAGUCUUCUCUCUCUUCUCCCUCUGACCACACAUCGUCCCACCACCAAUCCCCCAGCUGCUGCCUCCCACUACUACUCUGCAUCCAGCCAGUCCAUGACACCACCCUAGAACCACCUCUGUUUAAUCGUGGCGGAGGACACUGAAUUUCCAGGGGGGGAAAUGUUUUCUAGCAACUGGUGACUUUUUUGAUGGGGCUAUUUCCUGUUGACAUAUGUUUCAAAGCUGAUGGCAGCUGUGCAGUUUGGUCAGUGAUUGGGCCAGAUUGUGGUCCGGAUUCCCUGCUGCAGCACUGCAUACUUUUUUUAAAUAACUAUACUCAAAUUAAUUACCAAAUUUAUUGCAUGUAUAUAUAAACAGAAACCACUGGGAAUACAAAAUAGUGUCUUUUUGUAAUAUAAUUUAUAAAUCAUUAUCCAUAUUACAUUGUCUUUCCUCCUUGUCUCAUGAUAGGUACUUCUACUGGAAGAUUCAGACCACUAUGACUUAUUUAGCCAUUUAGACCGGGAGGAAUUUCUCUUCUGUCUUUUUAAGCAUCUUUGCCUUGGAGGAGCUCUUUGUCAAUAUGAAGAUGAACUUGGUCCAUACUUAGAAACCACAAAGGCUUUAUAUAAAGAACUUGUGAGGUGAAUAUGUUUUUGCUUUUUUAAUGUGAAUCUGAUUUACUUACUUGUUUUACUUGUUGGUGUGUUCAUGGAAGAUGCUCUGGGGCAGAUUUCAGCUUUGCAAUGGCAUCAUAUAUAUGAUCUAAGCAGGGCUGGGCAGGAAACAAGUUUGCAAUGCUAGUAUAAAUGCCUUGUCAUCUUAUAAGGAACAACCUUGUCCACAGAAGAUAUGGGUAGAAGCUGGCUUCCAGGUAGAAAGCAUACCCAAUAAGGUUUAUGAGUGUGAUCCUAUUCUAGCAACCUGCAAAUUGAGCAGCAACAUACAGAAUUCCACUCCCACCCUUGCCAUGGCUAGUUGGAGCACCAGUCCAAAAAGAAGCUUGGAAAUAAGGGGUUCACAACAUACUCUAAAAAUCUUCUGGAGUCGUUUUCCUCCCUUUCCUUUUCAUUUCUUAAUUCCACCUUUUCCUCCAUUUUUCCACUCAACACAGCUUAAAGCCAUAACACCCUGAGCAAGACAGUGUUCACUCUUGGCUGCCAUGACAUUUUUCAAUAUUUUCCCACCCACUUACUAGCCACUCUCUUCUGGAAGCUUUCCUUUCUCUUUUUCUAUUAUGUUUCAUGUUUUUACUUGUUGUUGUUCUACUGCUCCUUCUUUGAUCCUGAAGGUCUCAUAUGAUCUUGUGUUCUAUUAACUCUUUAGCUGCCAAUCCAAAUAGUCUGUCUUGGACUGUAAGUUCUGACUGUUCCAGAUGUCAUUAUUAAAACAGUUUAUACUUCUUUGAAUUUCAGUGUUCAAAAGGAUCCUGAAACUAAGGAAAUAAAAAUAAUAUCUACCAUUUUUAAAGUCUGCGCUUAUGUAAGUAUUUCAUUAGGAGGAGGGGUACUAAUCAUGUAACCAAAAAUAUUUUCAAAUAUAAAUUUCAAGCAAAUUAUGAAUAAAGACAGUCAAGCAAACACUGUUUGGGCAUGAUCAAGCCACAGCAAAGUACUUUUACAUCCUAUUGAUUUUGAUGGGUGAAAUUGUUGUUAUAACACUAAGCACUUAAGAACAAAAAUUCACAGGAAAUGUUAUACACAAAAAAAUGCAACUUUCAGUAACCAUAAUCUUUCAAAGACCUGUUGAAGAUAAAAUAAUAAACAAAAAUCUUUACAAAUAGCUGAGAAGUCAUCCAACAAAAUUCUGCAUCUAUUGACUACUUUAGUUCAAAUUUUUAAAACAUUUCAAAACCAUAAUUUGACUUGGGUGACAAACCAUGUUUCUUCUAAUUGUCAAAAAAAGACAUAAAAUUUAUUAGAAAUUAUUGUUGUAUUGUUAUUUCUCCUUUAAAUCUUGUUAACAUGUUAGUUUAGACAUUGAAACAAACUUCUUAUGGCCAAAAUGGGAGAGGUAAACAUGUGCUAGGAUCACUCCCAUCAAAACCAAUGAGACAUAAAAGUGCAUAACUUUUGCUGAACCAUGAGGAUUUUCCUGCAAGAUUUUAAAAUUAUUUUUUCCUCAGUUUUUACAUAACACUUUAAGAAUGAGAACUACGAUGGGUAUUUGUACUUUUAGCUAUGUUGGCAUCCAAUAUAUUACAGCACUUGAUUGCAUCCAUUACUACAACUUACUUUUGUAAAUCUGAGGACCCUCUUGAUGUGAUUGUAUAAAUGGUUGUUGCAGAUUUGGACGUAACCUUUUCUAUUUACACAACAAUCUUUCAAGUUAAACUGGGUAUUGUGCUUAUGAUCAGAAAAUCUAUUUAAGGAUACAGUUGCAUUUCUGUCCUGCCUCUGUUUUGGAGUUGUUCUUCGAUAAAUUUCUUUUCAAUGUCAUCAAGUGCUUGUGGGAACCCAGCCAUGAGUCAUUGUAUCUAAGUCUGCAUCCGAAAAUAAGAAAUAGGAAAUAACAAAUAUUCUAGUCGUAAGACACAGGUGAAAGAAAGCUGUCUUGGUCACUCUUGCUAUGUGAUUUUUUAACAACAGCUGAGAAUCUAACCUUAGUCCCAGAGUGCAAAUCAUGUAACAAAUGUUUGACCACCCACCUGCACACAAAGAGGAUGAUAAAAGGUUUUCUGUUUAAAACGAUAGAUUCUUUUAUAAUUCAUUGGAAACUUUGCUGAAGAGGACUGUAUAAUAGCUAUAUAAUGAUGUUUGGCUCAUCAUUCUGUUAAUCAUCAACCUAACCCAUUUCUCAAGAUUUCAAUCCACUGUGAACAUUAUUAUCAUUUAUAGUACUGUGAGCCUUAACUACAUAUGAUGCUGCUUUAUACCAAUGCAGACCAUCAAUCCAUCUAGUUCAAUAUUGUCUAUAGUGCCAGGCAGUGGCUUUCUAGAGAGAGGGGGGUCUUUCCUAGCUGUGCCUACAGAUGCCGGGGAUUAAAGUUGGUACCUGUUGCAUGCCAGUGAGCCAGUGUGGUGUAGUGGUUAAGAGCGGUAGUCUCGUAAUCUGGUGAACCGGGUUCGCUUCCCCACUCCUCCACAUGCAGCUGCUGGGUGACCUUGGGCUAGUCACACUUCUUUGAAGUCUCUCAGCCCCACUCACCUCACAGAGUGUUUGUUGUGGGGGAGGAAGGGAAAGGAGAAUGUUAGCCGCUUUGAGACUCCCGAAGGGGAGUGAAAGGCGGGGUAUCAAAUCCAAAAACUCUCUCUUCUCAUGCAGAGCACUCCAUUCCCUCACAAAGCUACAAUUCCCAGGGUGGUUGAACCAUCAAUAUCUCUUCCCAGAGAACUCGGAAAUUAUAGCUCCGUGAGGGGAGUAGAGGUCUAACAAUUAUCAGCAACCUUAACUAUAGUUCCCAGUAUUUUUUGGAGGAAGCCAUGACUCUUUAAAGUGGUAUAAUACUGCAUUAAAUGUAUUGUGCAGAUGGUGCCUCCUUUUAAAUUAUAUUGGGCGUCUUCAAUUAUAGUCCUAGUCAGAGCAGACGUAUUGAAAAUAAUUUCAGUGGGUCUGCUCUGAGUAGAAUUAGAUGGACCCAACCCAAUAUUUCUAACUGCAUUUAUACAUAUUAAUUAGAAUAUGCAAAUUUUGUGCACACCUGUUUCCAAUUUUUGCGCUCUUUCUUCCUUGGGCAAUAGACAAUGCAGUAAGUGGGGGGGGGUUCUGUUUUGCCUGGCCACAAACAUCUUCAGAUAUCAGAAUUUCAAGGACUUUACAUAGACUGAACACAUUUCUCAAAAAGGAAAAUCAGACAACGAAUUUCAUUUUAACCUAUGGUUUUAAAAGUAUUCUGCUAUAGGGAAAAGGAAGGUAUUUUUAUGGCUUCCAUGUCAAACUGGAUUUCAAUAUAGGUAGCUUCAAAUAAAAUGCAGGCCUAUAGAAUUUUAAAUGCUGCCAAUCAGAUAAAGGAAGCCCAUUCAAUGAAACAACUUCUCCUUUUUUAAGGACUAGCAUUUGCCUUUCUAAGUAGCAUGUGAAAAUGCCCUUAGUUUACUUCCCUAAGGAAAGAGAAUGAUAGUCACUUAUUUGUAGUUUGCAUGUCAAUGAGAUAAGAAAAUGGAGUUGCAUACCUUAAUGGUUAUACAUCUAAGAAAAACUUAAGAACACCUUCAGAACAACUUUAGAAAUUGUGAGACACUGUAAAACUCUUAAGUUAGAUUCAGUAAGAGAUAAUAGUGAUAAUAAUGAUGAUAAUAAUAAUAAUAAUAAUAAAUAUAUUUAUUUAUACACCACCCAUCUGGCUGGGUUUCCAGAUUCAGUUGAUAUGAGGGUUAGAAGAUAACACUAGAAUUUGAGGUUUGGUUUUGCGAAAACAGAGUACCUCUACAGUGAUAGAUUUUGCAUUUCCCUAAGCAAAACUUUGAUUUAGAUACUGCUAAAGUCAGCACCCAGCGUGCCUGAAGAACCAGCAUUUUCGAUGUGGACAGCUUGCAGAUGUGAAGUUCAGAGUUAAUUUAUUUUACUCUGUCUCUACCAAAAGGUCCAAUGCAGCUAGCAAACUUGAUAAUAAGAUAUCAAAACCUUCUAUUGCAAAAUGUAUAAAAGGUAUAAAAGCCAUGAGAUAAAACAUAAGCUAGAAUAAUAGGACAAGGCCAUGAAAAUAGCAGCCGCAUUGUUAAUCAAAAUGGCAACAGAUGAGUAUCCUUAAUAGAGCUACCGAAAGAGUUGUAGAAAGGCAUCUCUAAAGAGGAUGACCUUUGCCAUCCAGCAAAACACCAUAAGAGGGAUCAGUAGUAUUUCUACUAUACUAUUAUUUCUCAUGACAGAAUGUCCUUACCCAACGCUGCACCCUCCACUUAUUUUUAUGCUACUGUAUUUAAUAUAAUAUGGUGUAGCCAUUUCUAUUUUAAAGUGUGUGUGUGUGCGCGCGCGCCUGCAUGGGGGCGGGAGGCAGGGAAAUAAGAAACUGAUGUAAAUAGCAGCAGUUUUGUUCCAAAUAAUCAGGAAUAAUUAUAGUAUGUAGCAAAAACUUACUCAGAUUUGUUAGCAUAGUAAUAGAGUUAGAGUCAGGAAACCCAUAAUUAGGAGCAACCUAGCAAUCUGUUUAGAAUAUUCCUUUGACCAAUCGGGCCUAAAAAGACUUGCGUGACACUCAAAGAGGCACUGCAUCCUUCUUGGUCUUACCUGCAAAGUCAAGAAACCCAGAUCAGCAGUGUUGCUCUUUGGCCCAAAUAUAAGCCACACCCGAAUAUAAGCUACUCCAUUCCUCACUGCUCCUGGCUGCAUACUGUGUGUGUGUUAGGAUUCAUUCCCUGUGCUUGCAGUCAUGGGAUUGUUUUUAUCACUUGACGGUGUAUGUUUUCAUUCCACAUAGUGGGAAGUGACGGAGACAGGAUGUUUGUAUUACUGUGUUCCGUGAUAUAGGACGCUUGUCUUUGUCUCUCUCUUUCCUGUUUGAUGCUGAUGAGGAAGGAGUUAGAAUGCUCCGAGCGUAUUAUAUGUAAAUAAAGUAGUUUAGCCAAAAUGCUGCGCUCCUGAGUCUGUUACGCCGACUGCCCAUACUCUGCUGUUCCUGAAGUGUGCCGAUGCCUGUGAAGCAUCAGUCGCUGUGAUGUUUGGGCUGGAGAAAGUCUUUGAGACUCUCGAACAACCGACCAGGAGGGAGAGAACAUGCCAGCCGGGCAUGUGUCUCUGCCGGAUUCCUACUCGUGUGUAGCGCCUCCUGACAGGGGGAGCCACGCUGUGUUGCCGGCAGCCUUUCCCCUUCCUCGCUCUCUCCCUUCCUGGCCUUGGGGGAGAGGACGGGGAACAACGCGCAAGGUGGGCGCCGCUUUGCCGCGUUCCUGGUGCUGUUUGCCCCAUGCUCCUGUUUGCAACCCGUAAGCUGCACUUUACCUUUUCACGGUCGGAAUUUGGGGAGAAAGUGAGGCUUAUAUUCAUACCAAUUUGGUAUUUUUGCCCCUGCUGUUGAAAGACAUUAAUCAGUGCUGUAGUAGCACUCCUUGUAGUCCCACAACUGACAGUACAGCACCUUCACCUACAAUAUUUCUGGCUCUCCACUGGGUGAUAUUUGCCUGGAAAGGAUGCUUCCAUGGUCCCUUUUCAUGCAGCAGUUCUUGUUAAGAGAUGGAGACAGCUCUGGCUUUGGACUUAGUUCUGCCAGCACUCUCCCAUUAACUGCAGUCUCUUGUCUCCUCUCUUUCCUCCUCAGCUGCCUCUGCUCCCUAUGUAGCAGAAAUGAGGGCAGGGGAAAUGUGAGACAACUGACCACUACCAGUCCAAGCCACUUCCAGCCUGGUUGUGCUGAUAAUCUUUUCAGGUUACCUGCAGUGCAGAGCUGAUGUGAUGAGCCCCAAUAGUAUCUGAUCUCCCGCAUGUGGUUUACUGAAACAAGCCAAAUUCAAACAGAACAGAGCCAAAGAGCUGUGCAUGCUUAAUCCCAUUUAAGUCAGGCUUUGUAGUGUUCAGGAUGAAUUCGUAUCACACUUUAGUACCUUAUAUUAAUGCUAAAUAUUUUGUCUUCUAGGAUGCUCAUGGCCUUUGUUACCCUUCAUCCAACAUCCAUGAACAGAAUUUUGCCUAUUUGAUUGUGAAUCCUUUGAAACGACACAUCUAUGUUUUGUACCACUCUUUUGGUGAAGCUUGUUUUUAUAAUUGACUCUCUUCUCAGAUAUAUUUGAUUAUUAGAGGGGUGUUGUUGGUUUUUUAAAAGUGUAACUUUAAUGAAUUAUAUUAAUAUUUAAUAAAUAAUAAUAACUUGUCAAGAUUCUGUUAUUUACAGUGAAAUCUAUUUUACCUAGACAUUGGGCACUGAUGUUGAUUUUGCACACAUGCUAUUUGUAUUAUUGUUGAAAACUGUAAGGCAAUACCAAUACUUACAGAAUAUAUUCUCUAAAAAGUUUUGGAGCUCCUGUAUUGACUAAUAUUCUGCUGUUACAAAGUUUCCUUUUUAAAACUAGGUUGUUGCAUUGAUACAUUUUAACUUUAUUUAUUUUAUAUUAAAAAAACCUAGCUUAAUAAAUUACUGAUUGAAAAAAAGAGCCUGUAUUAUUUCCUAAACAUGUUUUGGAGUAUGAAAUAUCCUUCUAUAUUUUUCUAACUAUUAAAGAGGUUUAACAUUUCCAAACUCGU